AUGCUUACAUUACAACGCGAGUCCAUACAUAAGAAUAUUAACAACGCGUUACCACUGAAGCAAUCGUAUGACUACAUCGUGAUCGGUGCCGGUAGUGCCGGUGCCGUAGUCGCCAACCGGCUCACCGAAGACCCAAACAUACAGGUGCUGCUACUGGAGGCUGGCGACCCUCAGACCUUUAUCACCGACAUGCCUGGUCUGGCCAUACCUCUAUGGAAAGACAUUCCGUUAUUUGAUUGGGACUAUAAGACUGUUCCUCAGAAAUACGGACUGUCUCUUAAAGAGCCGGGUGUUUUUGGGGAACGUCGUGGUAAGGCUAUUGGCGGCACCUCCACUAUUAAUGGCAUGAUUCACGUGGUGGGCAAUCGGCUGGACUAUGACGAGUGGGCCCAUAAGUACGGCGCUCAGGGCUGGUCUUACGCCGAUGUGUUGCCCUAUAUUAAGAAACUCGAGAAUAAUAGCGAUCACCGACUGUUGGCACAGAAUUCCGGAUAUCACGGCACUAAAGGACCCAUAGGCAUCAUAUCCGACCCUAACCCUGCACCAUUGUUAGUGAAAUUUCAAAAGGUGUACAACGAGUUGGGCUAUGAGACCCUGGAUAUUAACGGCCCCAAGCAGUUGGGCACAGCAUUCACUCAGAUGACAGUGAAAGACGGGUUCAGGUGCGGCACCGGCAACGGCUAUCUCGACCCCAAUCGGCACCCAAAUAAUCUGCACAUAUUAUCGCACGCAUUGGUCACCAGAAUUAGGUUUUCCAACACUAACGGCGAGAUAUCAGCCACUGGUGUCGAGUUUAUCCGUCGCGACCAGAAAUAUAAAGUCAACGCUAACAUCGAGGUGGUCGUCAGCGCCGGUGUAUUCAAUUCGCCACAACUACUCAUGUUGUCGGGUAUCGGACCCAAAGCACACCUCCAGUCUCAUGGCAUACCUGUGGUGAAGGACCUACCAGUUGGCAACAACCUGCAGGACCACCCGAAAGUGGUUUUUCAAUCAGUGAUCCGAGACCAAGACGCCCAACCCCGGGAACCCGAACUAAAUGUACAGCAGUUGCAUGAGUUCGCCGCCUACCGUCGGGGCCCGUUAGCCAGUUACACGUGUUUGUACACCUUUUUCAAUACCAAGAGUAAUGCCAUCACUCAGUGGCCAAACAUAGUUUUGGCCGCUUUUGUGCAGAAAAUGAAGAAUAAUUUAACAGAAGUUUGUGAGAAAUACGGCGAAAGAGUGGAUGAAUGGAAACAGUACUACAGACCAUACCUGGGUAAAUACUACAUUAGAGCGGACGCCAACCUUCGCAAACCCCGGAGCUUUGGUUCGGUACGGCUAUCAUCGGCCGACCCGCGGGCCAAACCCCUAAUUGAUCCCAACUUUUUCGACGUCCCCCAAGAUUUUACCGAUUUGGUGGAGGCGGCAAAGUUUUUGCUAUACAUACUUAUGGAGUCCCCCAUCGCCAAGUACCUCGACUUUAACCACAACCCUAUACCCGGCUGCUCCCUGUGCCCGGACCGGCCCAUGUAUGCGUGCGACUCGUAUAUCAAAUGCUAUAUCCGACUCAAUGGCGAGAAGGAACUCCAUCCGGUGGGCACCUGUCGUAUGGGCGCCCCUGAGAGGCAAGACGUAGUGGUCGACCCCCAGCUUAAAGUGAAAAACGUGUGUCGACUGCGAGUGUGCGACGCCUCCAUAAUGCCUACCGUUCCCAAUGGGAACUCCAAUACACCGGCUAUUAUGAUUGGCGAGAAGUGCGCCGACCUACUCAAAGACGACUACUAUUCCAAGCGAAACAUACCGUCCGGUGGGGCACCGGUAGGCAUGACAAGUCACUCGACACGAGUGAAUCACUAGUAGUUUGUUAUGUAA